AUGGACUCCCUAAUAGAAUUUCUGGCCGAAAAUAGCCAUAUUCGAUUUGCAACUCCCGAGUCCCCCGACUUUGCUGAUCUAUGCACAGUCUUUGUGCUCAACGAAACGAGAAAACCAAGCAUGAUUGUUCGGCCCCGUUCAGCAGAGGAUGUCGGUGCGUUAGUAUCGAUCCUCACUGCUAAUGAUCUCUCCUUCACGAUCCGUGCAGGCGGACAUGACAUGUUCGGUCGGUGUCAGGUAGAUGGUGCAGUCACGAUUGACAUGCGCGAAUUCACUUAUGUGCAUGUGGACACCGAGUCCCGAACAGCCCGAGUGGGUGGGGGAGUGAUAUCGAUCAAUCUGGUUAAGGAACUGGAAAGAUUCAAAAUGGUUGUCCCACAUCCCGUCACGCCAACCGUGGGUUUUGUUGGCUGGGCACUUCAUGGAGGGUAUGGUAUGCUUAGCAGCAAGUAUGGCCUUGGCGUGGACCAAAUCCUAGGAGCCACUGUCGUGGAUGCAGAGGGAGUCGUUCGUGAAGCGGACGAGACAAUGUUAACCGCCAUUCGCGGAGCUGGGGGAACAGUGGGUGUUAUUGCUGAGCUCAAAAUCAGGAUUUAUCCACUAGACCAGGUGCUUGCAGGAGCGAUCUUAUAUGAACCUAAUGACCUCGGCGUCACGAUCCAAAAAUUCAAUGAUCAGCUCCGAGAAUCUAAAAAACAGGGCCUGCCAGCUGCACUUGGCCUAUAUCAAUUAGUCAAUAACAGCCCAGUCGGUAAAACUCUUACUGUUCUGUUUGUGUGGGCUUCAUCAGACCUUGACGAGGGGCAGUCUUGGCUGUCCAAGGUUUCUUCAUGGGCAUCCGUGGCAGUCAACGCGGUCAUACCCACCACGCUAACGGCAUUCAAUGAAAUAGCGGAUUCUUUGGUUCCAAAGAAGGUCUUUGGAUCAAUUUAUGCCGCCACAGUUUACGACCUUACUCCCGAGGUUGUAAAUGUUAUUAGCAAGCAUGCGCCGCUGCAGCCAAACAGUCCUGACGUGAUGUAUGGCAUCCAUGAGUUGCGUGCAGGAACUCCAUAUCCAGACACAAAUUCUGUUUUCUAUUCGCAUCGUCCACACGUGAUUAUUGAGAUCAUUCCCAUAUCGCAAUCACCUGAAAGAGUGGACGAAGCAGUGAAAUGGGCUCAGAGUUUUCACCUUGAGCUAUCACAAACAGAUGCAGUGAACAUCCCUCCUUUCUGUUACAUUUCUUUGACUCCUUCCAGAGGUCUUGACAUGAAGGCAAUCUAUGGAACUAAGUAUGAGGACAUCAAGGCGAUAAAGAAACUUUAUGAUCCACUCAACAGGUUUGAAAAUGCCCUGGUGCAGCUUUGA